GUUCGUUUGCGCAAUGAGGUUCGCCAUCAGUGCGGUCCUCCUGCUGGCCUGUGUGUGCUUGGGUGCGGAGAUCCAGGCACGGCAAGAUCUUGGUGGGUGUCCAUCCUGUGGGAUGCCAUCCUGUGUGUGCUUGGCGCGAAGCAUGACACCUGCCUGCCGCUGUAAGAUGCGCGCUGCAUCAGGUGAGCACCAAUCAUUGGACCGAUGCUGCGAAAGAAGACCGAUGGAUGGUUGCGUAUGGCGGCUGCCUGGCUGCGCUUUGCUUUGUGCCUGCCUGAUGCGUGCUGUGUGUGUUUGAAAUGCAGACGUGAUAUUGCCCCCCAACAUUGGCGUGGAUGAGGCCGACAUGCUGGACAAGUCGACCUUCCCCAUCCCCCCGGCAGAGCUGCUGGAGCUGGCGCGGCGAUUUAUCCUCACCAAGAGCGGGCUGGAUGACCCUUCCAUACUCGCCGAUGACUUCCAGGUCAGGCCUGCAGUAGGGGAGGGGUCGACAUGAAAUGAAUGCGGGUCUCAUUGAUUGUGAUGCUGUGUGUGUGCAUUGACUGCAAUGGCUGGCUGCAGUUCAUCUUUCCGUUUGUGGGACCUUUGUCGAAGACCGAGUUCCUGGCGGCUGUGUCUACCUUCAACUUGGAGGAGGCCUUCCCCGACCUCAAACAGAACACCCGCAUGAUGUCGGUAUGCAAACCAAUACAAUGACUACCACAUGCACUCACGCAGCCCUCAUGGGAGGACGAAUGUGUGAAUGUGUGUGGAUGACCGGUCGGUCAGGUCGACGCAUUCGAGCCCAAUCGUGUGUGGUAUUUCGUCCAGCCUGAAGGGUCAGUCAGCACAGCUGGCCUACUUCAGUCAGUGACGUGACGUGCGUGUUGGGUGCCAACCAUUGCAGGACGAAUCUGGGUCCUCUGAACGUGUUGAACGUGCCCACCAUCCCCUCGACAGGCAUCAAGGUGCUCAACCCUCCCCAGGUGCACAGCAUCACUUUCAACGAAGAGGGGAAAAUCGUUAAAUUCACCGGUACAAACACGAAACGAAACUAGGCCAGCCAGCAGUCAUUCUUUGUUUGUUUGUGUCGUGUCAUCCCCAUGGUCUUUCCCUGUCUGCGCGUCUGUGUGUGUCACUGCAGGCGGUUAUCCGGUCGAUCGCACAAUCGGCAACACGGGCGGUCUCGGUGAGGCAGGAAAGAUGCGCACACACUCUAGUUGCUGUCCACCAAUAUCUGUUUGUCUGUCUGCCUGCCUGUGUGCCCUGGCUGCAGGUGGGAUCUUUGGGUACCUGAAGGCCAUCGGCCGCCCUCUGCCUUUCCCCGAGGCCAGCACCUACUUCGAGAAGCGCAGCUUGGUGUGGCGGCUGCUGGUGGGCUUCAACAAGCGCGCCCUCCGCAGAAAGGGCCGGAAGAUGCAGCGCCAGUACAUGAUGGCACAACUCAACAAAUGAUGCAUGGAUGAACCAUCAC